AUGUUUUUAUUAGCGUUUCGUAUUGAUGUAGCGAAAACUUUACAAAAAUCUAGUCUAUCACUACCACCCCCAGCACAACAUGACCGUCCAUCUUUGCAAUCAACAGCAAAUGAAAAUUAUCUUCCAAAUUCACGUAGAAAAGUGCUGAGUGUAGCUUCAUCAACCAGUGCUCAGCUUGAUAAAUAUGAUCAUUGGCCUGCUCAAAUAGCAAAGGGCUGCUGUCAAAAUCCUAACUGUAUUGAAUAUACAAGAAUAUCAUGUUCAAAAUGUGGUCUAUGUUUAUGUUUGAACAAUAAAAAUAGUUGUUUCAAAGAUUAUCAUCAUAAAUAA